AUGGUCUUUUAUGGUCGUAGACGAUAUGUAGACAUCUUGGAUUGCUACCUCCAACAGAACCUCGCAUCUAACGGAGGUUACUUUGACGAAGUAUGGUUCAUGGCUCAUACGGCAGAGAAGGACGACGUAGCCUGGAUAGAAGAUCUCGUCGAGAGCACGCCCGGUUACAAAAUCGUCGGCAAGGGAGUCUGUGAGGGUAAGAAGUACAGUUGUAUGUGGAACUAUGCUGUCGAGGACAACACCAUCUAUGUGAAAAUAGAUGACGACAUUAUUUAUAUCCACCACGAUGCCAUUCCUCAGCUCGUACAUACUCGCAUUGCCCUACCUCACCCGUACGCCAUCUCUUCCAACUUGGUGAACAGCCCUGUGACGGGCAUGGAGCAGUACCAUUAUGGUGCGAUCCACCCCUUCCUUCCCGACCCAGCCAGUAAGCCUUCGUUCCACGCUGCCGAAACGUGGCGUGUCUCGGAGAAGAAGAGGUAUCCCAAGGAAGAGUUGCCAGACAAUUACAAUGUCAUGGACAUGGCUCCAUCGUAUCAAGGGCACCCGUGGCUCCUCAUAUCUGAUGACCACUACGAUCUGCUCAAGACCCCGAUGGGCAAGUACGAUCAGGAUCGCGGCGCGGCGCCGAUUGCGUUCGGUCUCGCAUGGAAGUCGUGGGGAAUCGGAGCGCAGCAGCAAUACUCUCUUUUGUAUAACCUCGAGCAAAACAAGAUGCAACGCUACUUCUUUGGUCGAAACAUACAAUAUCCGGAACACGCCAAGGCGCCCAACGCGUCGGCCAUUGUCCCGGGCAAGAACAAUGGUCCCGGCGGUGAGCAAACGUAUGACACGGGCUACACCCGUUAUAAUCUGAACUUUGUUGCCGUCUGGGGUUCCGAUAUCCGGGACCAGUUGCCCAUUGCAGAUGACGAUGAGCAGGAUAUCACGGCGGACAUUCCCCGACGCAUCGGACGACCGUUCCUCAUCGACACCCGCUCCGUUGUAGGGCACUUUAGCUUCUUCACCCAACAGGAGGGUAUCACUAAGAGUGACCUCCUAGAUCGAUGGCGGGCGUUCGCGAACGAGGCGGUUUGCACGCCAAAGAAUCUGAAGAAGCCUUGGGAUCUAAUGUGUGACGGGUUCCGAGUCGAAGGCGGCCUAGGACGGUAG